AUAUCAAGAUUCCAAUAGUCUCUUCCGAAUUCCAAUUGAUUAGUUAAGGUCAUUUUAUAUCGACUUUGUGUGGCCAAUGUUUGUGAAUGCAGUGACCAUAUAUAGGGUAGAUAAACUACGUGGUUUUUUAGUUAUUAUUCGAUCGACUGGGUAACCGUAGAAAGAAACGAGUUUUCCGGCGCGGUGGUUGUAACGAUUGGCGAGUUUGAUUGCUCGUAAGUUUAGGAAAGUGUCGCGGAUAUAUUGGUUUGCGGUUGAAGUACAGAGAUUAUCGCUGGUAAUUGCCCCCAGCCUAAGUGCUGACUGCUGAGUAACGAAAGCAUUAGUGGCCACAGUUUACCAGGGAACCGGCGAGGAGGAAUCGGUGUUCUAGUUGCGAAAAUCUAUUUUGCAUAAAAUUUCCAAAAGCUUAACAUUACACGCGAGUAAUCCACCGAAAACAUCCGUCACAAGUCGAAUAGGUAUAAUCCGACAAAUAUUGGAUCCAGUGAAACCAUUAAGUUCGAGAUAGGAACUCGUAUGCUGUGUUUGACGAUCCACUGAUUUUAAUAAACAUAACUUGCCGACGAACGGCAGCUUAGCGUUUCUCAUCUGAAAUCCCGCCACUGAAGAUUCGGAGGUAUUUUUCGCCACGGGAAACGAGAAAAAAUUUAUCUAAUUUCCUGGUGCAAAGGAGGCUCGAAUAGCGUUCCAAGUGGGUCGAUUAUUUUCACAAAAAGCGAUCCGAAGAUUCGUCAUGGCACUCGCGAACCGAGGUGCGGAUGUCGAAGUUGAGAUGGACCCGAAAGGCGAGUCGCUGGUCAAAGGCACCAACUUCGCUGGGAAUAAGAAUUUUGGAAUAUUUUCAAUUCGUACUCAGAUGGAAAAGAUCUUACUUGUCGUUGCGGCGAUUUUGCUGAUUCUGUGCAUCGUUUUUAUUGCGCUUUUGGCGAAAGAAACUGCGGAUAACGAUAGCUCUAAAGCAUCGACAACUGGUGGCCGUGAAGCCCAAACGACUGCUGAACCAAACCAAACCACAUCAAAGCCUACCGCAAUGCCCUCGCCAAAGCCUACCACCAAGCCUUCAGGAAAGUACGUCUAUUCCGAUGAAGCUCAGCGUAUUAAGUUUCCUGACUUUUUGAAGAGGGUUCAGGACACUUAUUACGAGUAUAAUCGUGACCAGUUUGCCUGGCAGUCCCAUAAAAAUGUUGCAGAAAUAACUGAUGAUUUGAAAACUAGACAUCUGGCAUACAAUGCAACUCCAGCGUAUCUCAAAGCAAAAACAGACGCUGCGUUUAAGCUCCUGAAAGAAAUCAACUCAACUGCUUUGGAUGAAAACUUGAUGACGCCACGAGAAGUUAAAGCCCUUGAACAGGUUAAACAUUUCCUCAGAACUGUAUUCGGGGCUCCUUUUGACGAAAACUUUUACAAUGGCGAUUGGAUGCUUGGUCCUAAUCACUUUUGUUGGCAGGCUAUUUGUUCCAUUGCCUAUGACAUCAACGCUUACGCUUUCUACAUCAGCCCCACGAACUUUAGCGAUGCUGAAAAAAUGAUCCAAAAGAUUUUGGCCAAUAAACAAUCCAUCUUGCAAUACAAGUCAAAUAUGCAACUUGGUGUGAAAACUGGUAUGGUUCGUUCCAAAUUUAAUUGUAUUUCUGGCAUAGAUGCGUUUAAACAAGAGUUCAAAAAAAUUUCAAGCGAAAACGAUCCUGCCGACGUACUGCAGGAGUGGUUUGUGAAGUAUUACAUCAGAGCUGAGUUUACAAAAGAUUUUUCUAAGAAUGACCAAAACAAAUGGAUGGCUAAAUAUGGUAAAACGUUUCAGCAAUCUGUGAAUGACAGUUUGAUAGAAGGUAUUGGCCAACCUGUCGUUGAUCUGAUUGAUUACAUGGAGAAAGUCCACCUUAGGCAUUGUCUUCCAAGGGAUGUGGCUAGCGGUAUAGCAGAACUUCCAGUUGACUUCAUCUACUUUGAUGGAAAUGUAACAGCGAAUUCUACGACAAAACGUUUGCCGAUAACAAAUGAUUUACUGGAUGGAAAGAAAUCUUACAAGAAUAUUCUACCUUACUUCACCACCAGCGAUAUUACGCCAGAAAGAAUCAACGAAAUUGGUCAUGAAAGAUUGAAUGCUUUGUAUCCGCAGGUGAUCGAAAUCGCAAAGGCUGUAACGAAUAUCUCCGAUGAAGCGAAUGCCAUCAAAAGAUUCCGAGAAAUUCUCAGCAAUCAAUCGUCCUAUUACAACGAUGCUCCUUUCCCGGAAAUUGAAUCAAACGGCACUGCUCAUAAACGUUGCACCGACGAGGAUGAAGCGAAAAAAUACUGCCCGAAACGCUAUGAAUCUUUGUUAAAAUGGAAAGCAACAUGUAGAGAGACCAUGAGCAUGCUCUCUCCAAAGCUCAUACCAUUGUUUUAUCACACUGGUGAUAAAAUAACCGUACCAAACUGCCCGAUUGAUAUGCUCCCGAGUUUCAAUCCUUCCUCAGGCGCGCAGUUUUUCCAGCAGGCGGACGCUAACUGCAAGAGGUCGGCGAAAUUUGGACUGCCGUUUUUCUUAGAGAAUCAUGGACCACGAUUUUCUGAAUGGUCCGUGACCGCUCACGAAUCGUGGCCUGGUCACCAUACACAGAUACAAGCUCAAAUUGAGUAUUUCAAGGAUAAAUAUGGCGGCGUUCCAAAAUGGAUCGACGAUAAGACAUACUACACGUUCUUCACCGAAGGAUGGGGCUUGUAUUCAGAAAACCCUGUCAUCGCUAAAGAUACGAACACUUAUGAUGGCCAGCUGAUGCAGAAAUUUGGCAUGCUGAAGUGGCAGGUUUGGAGAGCGCUUCGUCUGAUUGUCGAUACCGGUCUGCAUUAUCGAGGCAUGAACAGAACUAGAGCACUGUGGUACUUCUCGGAAUAUGCCUGGGACAGCUCCGAUUUGGCGCAGAAAGAGAUAACUCGUUACCAGGGCGUUCCCGGUCAAGCGACGGCGUACAUGUUGGGUCAGCAGAAGCUCGUGCAGCUCCGGGGGUACGCGAAAAAGAUGCUCAACGAAUCGUUCAACAUUCAAGAUUUUCAUUACCAGGUUCUGUCGCAAGGCUCGGCACCAGAAGCCUAUCUUCAGAAACACGUAACAAAAUACGUGCAAUGCAGUCUGGGAAAACUAAAUGGUACAACGUGUGACGUAAUUUUGAAACCGCCGAAAAAGACUGCCACCCAGAGCGUUGCGGACGAGGGACCUCCCCAGCCUCCCAAACGUCAUCACUAUUAAAGAGUUUUAAUGCUUUCUUAAUCCGAUAGGAACGAUUGUAUAAAUUGAUCUCGUUCAAAAUUUUAAUCAUUACGUAAUCGUAGUCACUGAUCUGCAAACCAGAACUGGAUAGUCCUAACAUACUUUUCAAAUGCAUUGACCAAUUUUACGGAGAAAAUAUUUUAAACCAUUGACGACGUUCAAAUUUCGGCAUUGUUAUUUCACUGUUUUUGUAGAAUGUGUUAGUGCAACGGGCGAAAUCAUUUCUAAAGAGCCAAUCUAGUUCACUUCUGAUGGAUGUUUUAUAGUCUGUUGUCUUGCAGUAUAUAUGGGCGGCAAAUCGACCAAAGCCGAUGCAUUAUUGCUUUAUUGAUAGUAGACUACAUUACAUACGUCAGAAGUGAAUUGGCCUACACAUAAUGGAUCACAGAUUGAUGAGACCUUGGUUAAAUCUUCCUGCGUCUAUUCCAAAUACACUUUCAAUACAAUUAUUUCUAAGGUGGUGCAUUUGAAUGUUGAUAUAUAGAAACUUGCAAAGCAUAGUCAGAACUGUUUUAAAAUGGGCCCUGAUGUGUUAGUUAGUAAUAUAUAACUACCAGAUGCAACAAAGCACCUAGUUUUGAAACGGGCCUUCAUAAACACUUAUUUUAUAGCAUAGUUUAAUCAUUAAUUAAUAAACGUAAAUUUUCAUUGAUUGAAAAA